UUACUACGCCGGUGGACGUUCGUCAACAGAGAGUGACAAGUCAGAUACACAAUAUUCUGAGAUAAGAACGAGAAAUCAGUGAAAAACAAGCAAGAUGGUGGAAGGUGGAAUGAAAUGCGUGAAAAUUCUACUUUUUGUGUUUAAUCUUAUAUUUGUGAUUGCUGGAGCAGGUCUUAUUGGGGCCGGAGCUACAGUCCAAUUCAAAUUCAAAGACUACUUCAUCCUACUGGGGGGCCAGUUUAGUUCAGCGGCAGCGCUACUGAUAGCUGUAGGAGUCAUUAUCUUCUUCAUCGCUCUCUUCGGAUGCAUUGGAGCAUGGAAAGAGAACUACUGUUGUGUGAUGAUCUAUGCUGUCCUGUUAGUCAUCAUCUUCGUUCUUGAGAUCUCAGCAGGAAUCGCUGGCUAUGUGUACCAUGGAGAGGUGGAGACCCAGGUGAAGAAGUUAAUGGGAGAGACUCAGAACAAGUAUCAGGCUGGUAAAGAUGAAGGCAAAGUCUGGGAUACUGUCCAAAAGGAGUUUGAAUGCUGUGGUGUCAGCAACUAUACAGAAUGGUAUAACGUGUUAAAUAAAACAGAAGUUCCACAGUCUUGCUGCAGAAAAAAUGAAACUAGUUGCAAGGGUGCUACUGGUGAUAUUCCAAACAAAAUCUACACAGAGGGAUGUCUAACCAAGUUUGAGACUUUUGUAAAAGACAACAUUUUCAUUGUUGGAGGAGUUGGAAUUGGUCUAGCAUUUGUUCAGAUUGUUGGAAUCCUGUUUGCUUUCUGUCUUGCUCGGGCUCUGAAGAAGGAGUAUGAAGUUGUGUAAGGGGACAAUGAAUCACCAAAGAGGAUGACACUCCAACAGGAAAUGAACAACUGUGGGGAGGGGGAAGUUCAGAAGAGGGAAAAUUUUAACAUUUGAUGUAUUAUUUAUUCAGGUCACAUGUUGCAAAAUUAAAAAUACCUGUGCUUUUUUGGGCCACCAUUUUAUAGUUAAUAUUUGUCUGUUGAUAUGCAGAGAUGGUAAUUUAUGCUUUGAGUGAUGCAUAUUCUCUGUUGUUUAAUAUGAUUUUUGAAACAUGCUUUAUCCUAUAGAAAAGUAUUAACUUUUUUUUUUGCCUAUGUAGAUGUUUCUCUUGCAGUAUUGUAGUUUGGGAUUGGGUCUUUUUCUUCACAAUAAUGUACAUGUAACAGAUAUAUUAAGUAAAACUGAAGCAUGAGUUUGCAUGUUUCCUAUUUAGUGUCAGUGUAUGGUUUCUCCAGGAAAGGAGACAUUAGGAGGGGUUUUACACAGAUAUAUUAACUGGUCAUUCCCAUUUUUUAACAUUUUCAUUUCUGCAGUCACAGUGUAACUGUAUUAGUUUGAUGUUACAAAAGACUGAAUGUUUGAGUAACAGUCAGGUGGGUUUUUUGAGAAAGUGAAGAAGAGAUUGGUUUGAACCAAUCGGAUGAUGAAAACUAAUUCAGAGAAGAUUCCCUCUCUUUCUUCCUCGCUUUUGAAAAGCUUUUCUACUUGGAAUUAUUUGAUACUUAAAAUUUUUAUGCUCUCCAAAAAUAUUUUUUUUCAAGGAAGUUACAAUGUUAUUUUCUAAAUUGUUUAUUGCGAUAUUAAUGUUGUGAAUACUUGUUAUAUGGUGUUACCACAUUUAUUUUUAAGCUUGAAAGUACAUGCAACUUUUUUGAUAUAGGGAAAUUUUUUUCAAUAUUGUAAAGAAACAUUUUUGAUGAGAAAAAAAAAAUGUAUUUUUAUAUGAAACAGAAAAUUGUUCUCCUGUGGCACAAGAAUUGUUAUCAUGGUUAUAGCAAAAAAGAUGAAAAGAUAGCUUUAUUUUUUAAAUUAGUGCUUUUGAAAAAAUAAAAGGUGCCUUCCAUUUUUCGAAGAUUUGAAUGAAAAGUGCUGCUGGCAGGUGAAGGCUUUUGAUUCAGACUGAUCCGUUUAUUUUUCGCAAAUCAAGAAGGAAAUUAUUUUGGUGUAUCCAAGGUAUGGGUGGGACUUCUAUCGUUAAUGAAUUCAUCUUAUUGUACGCAACAUUGAUAUUUUUCCAUUUUCUGAUGUUAACUGUAGUUAUAUUAAAGAUGUUAUCUAAUAAAGCAUUUUUCUCUUGA